GCACACACUCUAUAAGAUCUCUUUUCUUUUCUCAGAAACGCGUCUGUGCGCCACUUUAUCAAUAAAAACCGAAGCAGCUGUUUUGUUUUGUUUUUUUCCAUCAUUGCCACUGAGGAUAAUCACAGAGCUUUUAUUGGCUGACUGAUGAGAGGCCGGAAACUGAGGCUUGGACGCACAGUAACAGCGGCAGCAGCAGCACUGAGGUGAAGAUGCAGAAGUCCAAAAGUUUUCAGUUGGAUGAUUUCCUCGCAGGGUGGAUCGGCGGAGCAUGCAGCGUCGUCGUGGGUCACCCGCUGGACACAGUGAAGACGCGGCUCCAGGCGGGGAAAGGCUACAAGAACACUCUUCACUGUGUCCUCACCAUCUACAGGAAGGAAACGGCCAUGGGGUUCUUUAAAGGCAUGUCUUUCCCACUGGCCAGCAUCACCGUCUACAACUCAGUUGUGUUUGGCUUCUUCAGUAACACACAGAGACUUAUAAGCAAGUAUCGCUAUGGCGAUGGGCGCCAUCCCUGUGGCAUGCUGGACCUGACCGUGGCUAGCAUGUUGACUGGACUGAUGUCGGUCAGCCUGGGAGCUCCAGUGGAUCUAGUCAAGAUCCGACUGCAAAUGCAGACGCAGACGGUUCUAGCAGAGAACCUGCAGCUCGCUGGUAACGUAUCGAACGGCACCAACAUCCCUCUGCGCUCCGUCAACAUCCCCGGCCAGAGGCUGUACCGAGGCCCCAUCCACUGUGUAAGCAGCAUCCUGCAGACUGAGGGCCUGCAGGGCCUGUACAGGGGGGCCGGAGCCAUGAUCCUGAGGGACGUUCCAGGAUACGUGCUCUACUUCAUCCCUUACACCAUGUUCUGCAACCUGCUGAAGCCCGACGCCAAGUCGAGCCCCCAUCCAUGUUCCAUCUGGCUGGCUGGAGGACUGGCAGGGUCUAUUUCCUGGGUCACGGCCACGCCGGCUGAUGUGGUGAAGAGCCGAAUGCAGGCCGAUGCUCAGCUGCAGAGGAAGUACAGGGGGAUCUUACACUGCAUCAUCCACAGCUACAAGACAGAGGGAGUGCAGGUUUUCUUCCGGGGAGCGUCUGUCAACGCCAUCCGAGGCUUCCCGAUGAGCGCCACCAUGUUCCUGACGUAUGAGCUCUCCCUGCAGUUCUUCAGGAAUCUGUAGGACAAACUACACAUGGACGUCAACAUGUCAGGGGUUAAAGGACGAACACUCAGUUUCUUGACAAAUGGGCAAACAGUUUGUUUGAGUGGCAGUUUAUAGUAAGGCAGCUGCUUUGGAGCUAAAGCAAACUUGCACUUAACACACACCAGAGCCUUUUUACUCUUUAAAUCAGCCCUGAGGUUGAACCAUUACUGACCUUGUAGAAAGAUCAGUAAUGUUUUAAACUAGUUCUUUUUUUUUUGGAGGUUGUCCUAUCAAAAGAAGCACUCGGACACUGAAGCCACCCAUGUGUUCCAGUGCUUAUAUAACAUAUGGAGCCAACAGGCUGCAGGCUAAAACUUUAGAUAGCUGACAGCAGAAACACCAGAACAUAUGAUAACGCCAUGACUCCAUGAUAAUGGAGAAUAUAAAACAAAUACAUUGGUAUUCAUGCAGAUAUAAUGGCAGUAUUUGUACAACAAACGGGACACAUGGAUAACUUUAGUGUCACCAUUCGCAUUGUUUAGUCGAUGAGAUGAGUAAUCUAAUGCUGUUUUACCAAAGAACUCUGCGUGCUCCUCGCACACUAAUAAUGAAUCCAAAAAAAUGAAAAUUCAGUCAUCAUCUCCUCCCCCCACGCUGAUGGAAGCUCAGGUGAAGUUUCAUGGUCCACAAAACAUUUCCAGAACUUCUGGAGCAAAAUCACUUUGCAGCGUUCUCCUAAACAACUGAAGUGUCAGAGGGUUUGUUUUAAAACAUCAGAAAACAGCGUGGAAAAGAAUGUGGGAAUCCUGAGACCCCAGAUUGAUUUUCAGAAAUGUUUACACCCUUUUUAAGCCGAAAUCUCCUCUGUGGGUGCACAAGCUUCGCCGCACAUGAAGGCUGUAAAUAACUCAUAAAAUCAAUUUGGUUUCUCGGACACUUGACAGAGCUGUAGGGAGACAUUUUAUGUUUUUAAUUAUUUUAGGUUUAAGUAAAAAGAAAAAAAAAAAAAAACUUGAGUAUAUCAUGACUGAAUUUUCAUCCUCCUGUCAGGUAGUUUUGAGGAAAUGAGAUGAUGUUGUCAGUGUGGGAUCUGUCCGUCCUGUUCCAGAACUUUGCGAGCAGAGUUUUGUUGUCGCACAUUUAUCUGAGCAAGAUGAAGACGUAUGAACUCAAGCUGAAAACAGAUUUUAUGAGGGAGGUGUUAUUUUCAACACAGCUGUGAGGCUGUUGCUUUAGUUAGCAUUCAGUCUUGAUUUGUUUUUCUAACUUAGUCCAGUUUUUGUAUGUUUGCACAUGACAUAAACAUAUAUAACUUUCAUUAAUUCACACAUGUAAUCAGUGACAUUUAAUCUCAGUUUCAGAACUUCUUUGAAAACUUUGAAUCAAAUUCCAAUAUAUGUUAGUUUGCACUUAAUUAAAUGAAAAGCGUUACAUAGGCUUGAAAAUGACUUGUUGCCUUCCAGUGCACAUGGACUGUUACCGUCCAUUGUACAUAUUAUCUCUGUGUGUUUCUUAUAUUAAGAAAAGUGAGUUUUACAGUUACGUCUUUAAACAUAAGUCUGUAGCAUGAACGUAGAAUCACUAACAUGUCAACCGUUACGUAGCAUUUGCAGUUAACAACGCACACUAGAAGGUCCACUCUAAAAUGAGAUAUUUGCCAUAUUGUGUUUCGACAAGGUCAUGUGAAGACAUUCCUGCACCAGAAGAUCAUUGGUUCUAGAGUUAGUCAUUGACAUAAAUUAACAUUUUCUUCACAAAAUGGCUAUUUCUCACUUUGGAGUGAAUUCCUUCAGACAAAUAUCUUCACCUGACUAACAGUUUUAUUUUGGGUAUCUUUUAUUCUCUUGUAAAUAAUUGUAAAUAUGCUGGCUGCCCCUCCUGAUGAUGGAGAGCCAGGCCUGCCUUAUUGUAAAUAAAUACAUAUUUUAAACACA